CUCCGCCCGCUGUCCUGCCGAACCCCGCAGCCCUGCCGAACCCCGCAGCCUUGCCGAACCCCGCAGCCCUGCCGCUCUCCCGGAGGAGCGGCCCCUCCGCGGGGCAGACGCGGUGCGCCGUCCGCCGCUGCCCCGUGCCCCUGUGAGCGAGGAUUGUUUUGUUGAUGGGACAAACCAGUGGACGUGAAGAAAGAAGCAGGAAACCAGAGGUGGCACCAAGCAAGAUCAUGGAGGCAGAAAUUGAAGUACAAAAUAACAAAGAGGAACCCAAAGAGGUGAAGGCCAAAAACCAGAAGCUGACAUCAGUCUUUGGUCUGGCAGACUUAAAAAAUGAAGCAAUUGGACUGUACAACCUGGGGCAGAGCUGCUGUCUGAACUCUCUGCUCCAAGUGUUCCUCAUGAACAUACGCUUCACAAGGAUACUCCGAAGGUACCUCCUCUUUGAGCUCCCUGGGGUGUUUCCAUGGCUGCACUCUGCUCUCCACUCCUUCUUUUAUAUGGGAUGUGCGUUUGAAAGGAUCACAGUGCCAUCAUCUCCUGCUCAGAGGAGGAGCAAUGUCCCGUACCAAAUGCUCCUGCUGCUGGAGAAGAUGCAGUGUGGCAAGUGCAAAGCUGUUGGUCCCACAGACCUGGCUCGCUGCCUCUCAGAGCACAGAGUGGAAUUGUUUGUGCAGCAUGAUGCUGCUCAGCUCUUUCUGACUCUCUGGAACUUGUUAAAGAAGCAGAUGAAAAAGGCAGAGCUGGUGGAAGAGCUUUGUGAUUUGUACACGAUCUGCAUACAGGAGCACGUGGCCUGUCAGAAAUGCUCUUUUGAAGUGAAGAGCAAAAGCACCAUGUUAACCCUUCCACUCCCAGUGCUGGAUGCCCAUUCUCACAGGCUGAAGACUCUGGAGGACUGUCUGCAAUACUUCUUCCAUCCAGAGGAGCUGAGUGGACAAAACAUGUGUUUCUGUCAACAGUGUGGGAGGAAAACAACUUUUCUGCAGAGCAUGAAGCUCGUCCAUCUGCCACAGACCCUGACCUUGCACCUGAAGCGCUUCUGCUUUGAGAGAUCCUCUCGCACGCACAAGCUGAGUCACUACCUGCCAUUCCCACAAGAGCUUGAUCUCAGGCAAGUCCUGACAGAAAGUCAGUGCCAAGCAGAUGACAGUGAAAAGGCUACCUGGCAGUAUGAGCUCUUUGCCGUGGUUGCUCACUCAGGAUCAGCCAGCUGUGGACAUUACUGUGCCUACAUUCGGAGCCUCACAGACUGUAAAUGGUAUUGCUUCAACGAUUCUGAGGUGUGCCAGGUAUCAUGGGAUGAUGUUAAAUGCACCUAUGGACAUUCCAACCUCUACUGGAGAGAAACAGCCUAUCUGUUGUUUUACAUGAAAAAGCAGGCUCAGCAGCCCUGGCCAGGAGUAUCAGAGUGUCUCUGAAAGCUCUGCCUCUGUGCCAGUGAGGACAUGCACUAAAGUUUCACAAGGAAGACAUUCUGCACUCGGCAACCUCAGGCUUCACAGUUUGUGAAAGAAGAGCAGCAGACACUCGGCUAGGGAAAGGAACUGUUGCAACUAGAGACCUUUUCUUUAAUGGUUUUUAUAUAUUUAUGUGACUCUACAUGUUCAUUUCCUCUUUAAAAGAUGGUGAAGUCAGUCCUUGUCUCUGCUGCCUUACCAUUUUCCCUAGUGCUGAUGCCUGGAUGCCAUUCCAGGGAAAGUGCUUGGCCUGAGAGCCUGUGUGAUGCUCCAGGGAGGUGUGUGCUAUGACUGGAGAGCUGUGGGAACCAUAGGGAGCCAGUAAGAGCUUGAGAUUUACUCUGUCCUUUCAGCACCAUGUUAGAUGCUGGCAAGCUGGGCAGGAGACCCCAAAAAUCACCCCAGAAACAACUGGGGGAAGGAUCAGAACCCUUAUGGCACACACAUCAGUGGCACACACUCCUGAAAACCUCCCUGAAAAGGAAUCACUGCAAGGGCUGAGAUGUGUCAAGAAGUGUUUUAAAUCAGGAGCUAUCGGAGUUUCUGAUUUCCAAGAUGAGUUUGUUUAAAUUUGUGCAGGUGAUUAUUAUUUCAACAGGCUUAUCAGGCUUUUAGAUGCAUUUUCUUUCCUGUAGAGGAAGAUGUUCAGAGCAGCAGAGAUUCUGAAGCUGGUUAGUGAUUUUGCACAAAACAGGCCACAGGUGGUGAUAAGGGAAGUGAGAUGCCUUGAUGUGCUUGGAUUUUUGGGAUUUUUGGUAGUGUGGCUUUUAAAACACUCUCGCUGAUCCUCUUGGAUUGAGGAUCCCAGCAGUCUGGGAUCUGGAAGUACCUGCACUCUAAGACACCCUGUGACUCUGUCUUUACAAAGGUGCUGUUUUUGUGGGAUUGAGCAAUUAUGAAAUUAUAUUAAAAUUAUAUAAAUGAUAUAAAACUAUAAAAAUAAUGUAGAUAUACUUCCAUCUGUGUAUAACCUAGAUUUGUUUUGGUAAUGAUGGUGAAGUUCACAAAUCAUGCCAAUUUUAUGAAGGUAAAGUGAAAAAUCUUAGAGCAUAGCUGUGAAAUUAACUCUUUCAUGGUGUAGCAGGUAUUUAUUUUGCUGUAUUAGCAAGGUCCAUUAAUCUGUUCAGCUCUGUAUUUGUAUUAUUUAUUUUGUGGUAAAAAAUCCCAGUGUAUUAUUUGCCAUCAGGAUGAGGAAUUUUCAGCCUGUUCACCUUCAGGAAUGCACUGCACCCUUUCUAGAGCAUCUUGCAAUGGGUGAGUAAGAAAAACUAGUUUCUGUUUGCUUUUCCUCUGUGAAGGAGUUGAAAAAAGCUGCAUUUUUCUUAGCUAAACUAAGUUAAUGGGAUAAGAGACUGACAUUUCUAAUUAGCUAUAACUUGAAAUUUUAAAAUUUAUGUUUAUGAAAAAUGCCUUAAAUGCGUCAUAACCUUCCAGGGAUGUUACCCAUCAAGGAAACAAUUGCAGAGAUAUGUUUAACAAUCUUUUCAAUCAGUGAAAAAAACCCAUUUAAUUCCAAUGAAAAGUAAUCAGUGUUUUUUUUAAAAUAAAAUAUUAUGGGAUACAUCCCUUAAAA